CUUCUCUGUAGCUCCUAGCAGACCCCUCCUCCCAUCUUUCUGGUUUGUGGCUUGCAAGGAUGGCUGCUGUGAGCCAGUCUCAGCCCCUGCGCCAGCCCUGCCUCUACCAUUCAUGUUGUAAAGUGACCAUCAACUUGAAGAAACCUUUGCAACCAAUACAAAUGAACAGCCAGCAGGUGGCGCUAGAGAUGUUUUCACUUUGUUCACAACUGGAUAUUCUCAUUAAAGGGGAGGUGAUACAUUUACAGGAGCAACUUUCAGAUGAUAUCAGCAUUGGAGAGUCUGAUAUAUUUCACACGUUUGGAACAGAACUUGUAGAAAGAAUGAAAGAAUGUCUAACCCACUUACCGGAACCAACUCCAUGCUUAGAGGAUUAUUUAGAUACUUCUGGUUUAUCUGUUCUGUUUCCAAGAGUGGAGAUAUAUAUCAUCCAUGAAAGACCAGUUGACAUGUUAGAAAGGCCUCCAGUGGACGAAUACUACGUUCACAUUGGAAAACUGAACCAGCUGUUGGUUUUAAGCCAACAGUUGGAAGAUGAUGUCUGUCACUUGGGAAGCCAUAAAUAUGUAGCUCACCAGUUGUCAGUGCUGUAUAAGGUUCUUAGUUACUUCAGUGGAUGUUUGUCUUUAGACAUCCUGAAGAGAGAAAUUGAAGCUAAUUUUAAGUCAGUGAAGUCUGCAGUUGCUACCAAUGAAGGAUCCAGGCAAGAGCCUCUCUUACCCACUCAUCUAUUAACAUGGUUGUUGGAUUUAACACAAACGAUUAUUACAACUGUAUCCACAUUUCCCGAAGAACUAACUGGAGAAAUAAUGCCAGUGGUAGAAUUUUCCAUGAUGUUAUAAUCAUUGUUUUAUUGUCACAACACCCUUUGUUUUCUUUACAAAGACAGAUAUUUCCCUUUAUUCAGUGUCAUAUAGAUUUAACAACAUUUCAA